AUGAGAACUUUAGUGGAUAAAUUUAAGCAUGAAUAUAAAACUUUACUGAAAAAAGUGCUAUACAAUAGAUUUACAUUUAUCAUUUUUGGAAUCCUUACAAUAACUUCAAUGAUUAUUAAUGAAGUUAGAUUUUUGUUCAGAGAAUCUACUGUAGAUUGGAUUUUUUUUUCAACACUAAUAUUUCUAACAAUAGCUAGAGGAAUUGAAAUACUAAUUCUCUUUUCUUUCAAAAAAAACUACCUCUCAAUAUUUUUUUUUGAUUUGGUUGCAUAUAUAUUUCUUAUUUUAUCAACAGUUUUUUUUGAUUCGAGUGAACAUUCAACAUGUGAUACUGAUAACCAAAACUUCGACGAUCUUCAAAUAUUUUCACAAGUCAAAGGUUACGGAUUUAACUUUCAACUAAAUUUGGUAAACUCAACAUUACAGUGUUCAAGGUUUAUUUUAUUAUUAAUAAGUAGUGACUUUUUUACUUUAUUUUCAAAACGCAUGAAAAAAACAUCUAUUGUCCAUACAGAAAAGACAUACCGUGAAAACCCAAAAGAAGAUUUAUCAAAGAAUGAAAUAGAUUCUGAUAAAUAUUUGAAUGAGAAUAAGAUAGCCCUUUCACAAUUAUUGGGUCUUAGAUUUGCCAUCGUUUUACUAUUAAGUGUAUUGCUAUAUCCUUUGUUAAGCUCAUCCGUUUGGAUUCAAAUAAAUAGUUCGGCAUUUUUAAAUGUUAAAACUCUAAGUCAACUAUCCUUAUUAAGAAAUCAGUACCCAGGGGAUGAAUCAUGGCCAAUUGCAUAUAUGCUAGAGCUUUCUAAUUUUGUAUACACAAAUAGUAUUGGAAAUUCAUGUAAAUGGAUGAAACUAGUAGCUAUUCAAUCACCAUUUACUUUAAACAAUAACCCAACAUGCAACGGCUGUCCAAAAUCUAAUUUGGAAAUUAUGACAGAUGCUAUGUCAAUUAUAUCUAAUUCCGAAUUCCCAUCUUGGUUUGUCGGAGUAUUGACAUUACCCACUUUAAAAGAAGGGAUUUCAUUAAUUCCAAUCAAAGAUUAUAGAAAAAUUCGCAAGCAAUCUCUUAGGCAGUAUGUGAGUCAAGUAUGCAUGAGAUCAGGUAUUGAUGCAAUUUCUAAUUUUUAUAGUUCUUGUCCUGAAGAUCUUAAAGCCAAGAUAACCAUGGUGUUCGACACCAGCGCAAUGCUUCAAUUAGGAGCAGGGUUAAGUAUUGGAAUAUCAUUAUUAACUCUAAUCAUAUUAACCAUAUUAAUGUUUUUGGUAUACAAUGUAUUAGAAAAACACAUUUUUAGUAGCAUAAAGCGAAUAAACAACACACUUAUUGCAAUUGCAAAUAAUCCAUUAUUGGCAAUAAAAAUAUCCAAUAAAGUUUGUAAUGAAGGCAGUCAUGAAAAGGCAACUGUGGGGAAAUUUUCAAAUCAAAUGCUGGAGGAAACUUUCUCAAAGCUGGGAACAUUGCUUGCAGUGGGACUUGGAUCGGCAGGUGCUAACAUUAUUAUGCAUAAUUUGAAAGAUGAUAAGGUAGUUGUAAAAUUACCUGGAAGAAAAAUAAUGGGUAUUUAUGGAUUUUGUGAUAUUCGAAACUUUACGGAUGCAACAGAAAUACUUGGAGAAGAUGUUAUGGUAUUUGUAAAUCAAAUUGCUGAAAUCACUCAUGGAGUAGUUUGUAACUAUGGAGGGUCUGCAAAUAAAAAUGUUGGUGAUGCAUUUUUGUUUGUAUGGAAGCCUGAAGAAAAAUGGGAGGGGAUUGAGUCUUUAUUAGCUGAUUUGUCAGUUAUGGCCUUCAUCAUAAUUAUUAAGCAAAUCUACAAUUGCCCCAAGCUAAAAAGAAUUGCCAUGAGAAAUGAGAUUCAAGAAAGAAUGCCAAAUUACAAAGUUAAACUUGGGUUUGGACUACAUUAUGGAUGGGCAAUAGAAGGUGCAAUAGGUUCAGAAUAUAAAAUAGAUGCUUCAUAUUUAUCUCCAAACGUUAACCUCUCUUCCAGGCUUGAAAGUGCAACCAAACACUAUGGAGUGAACAUCCUGUUUUCUCAUGACCUCUUUGAAAAACUUUCUGUUAACAUGAAAGAAUUUUGUAGGAAAAUAGACUGUGUCACUUUAAAAGGUAGCAAGCAACCUAUUGAAUUAUACACAAUAGAUAUUGACCCAGAAUUUCAAGAUGGCGAGAUAAACAACACUUACCAUGAAGUUGACACGAAUAAAAUAAGUUAUAGGGUGUUUUCCGAAUUCUUUAUAGAUAAUACAAUUAAAAGCAUGAGGAAAUAUCUCUUUCAAGAUUUUUACUAUAAGUUUAAUAAAGGUUUAAAACACUACUUAACAGGAAAUUGGAAAAUAUCUAAACAAAUUCUUCAAGACCUGCAGUGUGAGUGUAUAAAAUCUUGGGGGAAAAAAGAUGGUCCAAGUUCAACUUUGUUAAAAUUUAUGGAGGAAAAUAACUAUAUAUGCCCAAUUGAUUGGAAAGGGUAUCGAAUUUGGGAUGAAAAAUGA